AUGAGAUAUUAUUUGUUUGAUGAGAUUUGCCUGCACAAUAAAAAGGAUGACUUUUGGAUUAUUAUACAUGACAAUAUCUUCAAUCUGACGCCUAUGCUAAAGGACCGAUACGACUCCUGGAAUAAAAAUCUUGACUUACUUCUAAGCUUUGGCGGCAAAGAUAUAUCGCAUUUUUUUCUUUAUAAUAAUUUGCCAAAAACCGAAAUCUCUCCGGUCACUGGCAAGCCGCGUGUAUUGUUUCCGCCCAUAUUGGAGGCGGCUGUUAGCGAGCAUUGUAAGACUACCGGUAAACUUUGGAGUCAAGACUCUUUUUAUCAUAUCGGUCGUUUGACGAGAAAAGAAAGGCGGCUACGUAUCAUUAACACGUUGACGGGCACCACCACCGCCAUGAAAGUUUGUGAUGAGGACACAAUCUACGAUAUCCAACGGAAAUAUUCCGAACUCUACAAUUCCCAUGCGGGCAGUUAUUUAUGGCGAAAAUUUUCAUAUGGUGGCGACUGUCCCGGUGAAUUGCUGUUACAUGAAACUCUAGACGGCAACGGUUUAGUCGACGAAGAAACUGAUAUUGAAUUACCACCGCCCUCUAUAUGGUUGUACUAUACUAAUGACUUGACUAUAGCUUAA